AAAGGCCACCCCUUGAAAGUGAACUCUUCCGAACCCUCCCGCCUGUGUUCGUGAUUUGGACUGUUCCUAAUCUUUCCGCGGAGUGAGAACCAAGACAUUAUAGAGGCUGGAUGUGUUGAUAUGUUUAUAGUUAAUAUUUCAUAGUUAAAUUAGUUAGAAGUGGCCCGUUUAAGGAUUGUGUGGAUAUAUGUGUGCGUGCAACUAAUCAACCACACACAUCUUUGCACAAUAAAUCACCCUGAAGUACAUUCCUGGUGUGAGACCUAAUGUUCUGACCGGACACCCUGUAGCCGUUCUAUAAAUCCGAACCUGAGUUAGACAAGAGUAGUCAGCAGUUUUUUCAUGGUCCUUCGAGCCGGAUUUGUGGAUUGCUACAGACAUGUCUCAACCAGAAAGAGAAGCCCCUGCUGUGCGGCCGAGGAGACGAGUUAACCCUCCAGUCUACUUAGAAGAAUUUGAGCUCAGUGGACCUGGGUCUCAUCAACAGCAAUCACGGUCACUUACCUGCCAGGGAGUACUGGAGAAUGAACCAAGUGCUACAGGUCAUUCCAGAUCCACUUCACCAGUGAGCCAAGCAUCAGAACAUUCUGAGUGGAUACUGACUGACCAAUGGGACUGCACUUCUGAGAAGCUGAGAGAGGAGAAUGCAGCAUUGCAAAGGCAAGUGAAACAGCUGCCAGAGCUUACAGCCAUGUUAGAGAAGAUGAAGAGGGAGAACGCAGCCUUGCAACGACAAUCCAGCCAACUCCCUGAGAUCAUUUCAGCAUUCCAAGAGAUGCGUCAACAGAAUGCUGCGUUAUGGCAUGAGCUUCAAAGCUUGAAAUCGAAGCAGAGCUCUCCACCCGAGUCGGUCACUCCACAGAUGCCAUCACCACGCUCUCACUCUCCAGCAGUUAACUUUCAGACUCCACAGCCAUACCGCCCAAUACCAGCUCCACGCUCUAGGUUGCCACCAUCUGCCACUAAGAGACUGCCACACCCAGCUGUGCCAGAGGAAAGCUCAGAGUUUACUGAAGAUCUGAGAAACAUGAACAUUUCUUCCUCCCCUCGUGAGAGACCCUCCUUUACAGCACAUUAUAGUGACUCAGCUCAGUUCAGGUAUCCCAACACUUCCCCAUAUUCCCAGCCACCUCAGCUGCCUGAGUCUGUGGUCCCAUCACAGGAAAGGAGGAGGUCAGCCCAUGCAGAAUACAGCUCAGAUCAUGUCUUACCCUCAAGUACCCAAGAGAAAAUCUACAGAGGACCAGCCCCUACCAUCCCCUGCCUAACGUCUUCUGAUCCUAGGGAGUUUUCAAGACUGAGAAUUGCAUUAGAGAAUAUCCUGCCUGAAGAUGCCACCGAACGUUUCAAAUUUCAAAUCCUCACAGACCAUCUGAAACUGGAGGAGGCCCUCCUUGUGGCAGACUCUUACAGCAAUUCCAGAUUUCCCUUCACCAACACUAUGAAAGCUCUGGAUAAGAUGUAUGGUCAACCCCACCAAUUAGCACUGCAACGAAUCGCUGAGCUGAUGGAUGGAGCUAAUAUACGCAGUGGAGAUGUAAAGGCCUUCAGGAUGUUCGGACUGCAGGUGCGUUCGCUUGUCAGUAUGUUGCAGCAGCUUGGCCACAAAGGUACUGUAGAGCUGGAAUGUGGAUCACAUGUGUCUCGACUCCUGAGUAAACUGCCACAUGACCUCAGAUCAAGUUUCAAGCGGUACACCCACCCUUUGCAAGUCUCUAUUCCUACUUUGCUGGACUUCGCUGAUUGGUUGGAAUAUGAGCUUCAAGUACAGGAAGACAAUAGCCAGUAUGCUUGUUAUACAAGGCAGGAAUCUUCAGUGCGUGGCCGAGAGGUGAGAAGAGAGUCUAAGCAGCUUCGCAGACCAACUACCAUUCUACUUGGUACCGACAAGUCAUAUUCAUCAUCAAUGUCGUCAGCCACGUCUAAACCAGCUUCAGUCAGAGAAGAGAAGGUGAGAGCUUAUUGUCCAUACUGUGAUAAUAAUAAACACUAUCUGAAUGGCUGUGACAACUUCAAGCUUCUUAGCAAAGACCUGAAAAUAGACUGGAUAAAGACAAAGAACCGAUGCUGGCGUUGUGGUCGUGGACAUCAAGCAGCUAACUGCACACUAAAGACUUUCUGCCCAACCUGCAACAAGAAGCACCUUAUGGUACUACAUGAUGUCAAUGACCAGGUCAAGCCAUCUCAGCCAAGUGCAGCUCCUUCCAGUGCAGUUUUAUAUGUUGACCGACCAACCUCCGGAAGUAAAGUACUGCUCAAAGUGACUAAGGUUCUGAUCAAGAAUGGCAACGUGGCAAUGGAAGCUUACGCCAUAUUAGACGAUGGAUCUGAGCGGACCAUCAUUCUGCAUGAUGCAGUGCAGAAAUUAAGACUUGUGGGGGAGCCAGAGGACCUUGUACUUCGUACAGUAAGACAGGAUACCCAGGUCAUUCACGGGGCGGCAGUGACUUUUACUGUGUCCCAAACUGUUAACCCCAGGAAAGCUUACAAGAUCCGUAAUGCCUUCACAGCCAAAGCACUCGGUCUGGCAGAACAUACACACCCAGUUAGUUUCCUGCAACAGAAAUUUAAGCAUCUUGCAGGGUUACCUCUACAACAGCUGGACAAGGUACAUCCUGUUCUUCUCAUUGGCUCUGAUUGCCCCCACCUCCUCACACCCAUAGAACCAGUCCGACUGGGGCCCCCUGGUGGGCCAGCAGCAGUAAGAACAUGUCUGGGAUGGACACUGCAGGGUCCAACUGAAGAAUUGAGCAGUCCUCUUUCCCCUGACCAAUGCUUCUUCACCUCGCUGCAGCCUGUCAAUGAUCUUUAUGCAAAUGUGGAGAGACUGUGGCAAAUGGAUGUUCUACCCUACCAGAGUGAAAAGGUGAUUACCAGAUCACGCCAAGACAAAGAGUCCAUUCAGCUUCUGCAAGAAAACACAGUGAGAGUGGAUGUUAAUGGUAUCCAGCGAUACGCUACUCCUCUGCUCCAUGUCAAGAACAUGCCUCGCCUCUGUGCUCCAAAGGAAGCAGUCCUGCCACAGUUGAGAGGAAUCGAGAAACGGCUGGAAAGGGACCCUGUUCUAACUGCAGCAUACCAAGAGGAGCUGGCCAGGUUAGUGCAAGCUGGUUACGUUGUCAAACUUAGUCAGGAGCAAGUGGACAAAACAAAGGAAGCCUGGUACAUCCCGCACCACAUGGUGCAGCAUAAUGGGAAGAACAGGGUGGUUUUUAACUGUUCAUUCUCAUAUCAAGGACACAACCUGAACGAGCUACUGUUACCUGGACCAACACUUGGUCCAUCUCUCCUGGCAGUCCUUCUGCGUUUCCGAGAGCACUCUGUUGCCAUCAGUAGUGACAUCCGCGGCAUGUUCCAUCAGGUACGCCUCUUGCCACAAGAUAAACCUCUGCUGAGAUACAUCUGGAGAGACAUGCAAAGAGACAGAACCCCAGAUGUCUAUGAAUGGCAGGUACUGCCUUUCGGGACCACUUGCAGUCCGUGUUGUGCAUCGUUUGCUUUACAGAAGCAUGUUCUAGAUCACAGCCAGCCUGGAGAGGACACACAAGUUUCAGUGGAGAAGUCAUUCUAUGUGGACAAUUGCCUCCAGAGCUUCGCUUCCCGUGACACGGCCAAGAAUCUGGUAGACAAACUCUGUAACCUUCUAGCAUCUGGUGGCUUUGAGUUACGACAGUGGGCAAGCAAUGACCCUUCAGUUAUCAGCCAUCUGCCAGCUGACAUUCAGUCACCGAGUAGCAUCCUCUGGCUCAGCGAAGGCCACCAAGAAGCUCAGGAAUCAACACUUGGCCUGCACUGGAAUUGCCAAACAGAUACCCUCUCUUACAAACGACGCAAACCAGACAAUGAAGUGCCCACAAUGCGAAGCAUCUACCAGAUCCUUGCCAGCCAGUAUGAUCCCCUUGGCUAUAUUGUACCCUUCACCACUCGAGCCAAGGUGAUAGUGCAGAGGUUGUGGGACAAACAAAGGGAGUGGGAUGACCCCAGGCUGCCAGAGGACCUAUUAGACUCUUGGAAACACUGGGAGAGUGAAUUGGAAGAUCUGCAGAAUAUCAGUUUGCCCAGAUGUUACUGCAGCAAGGAACUAGACUGCUCUAGUAGCAUUAGGCAACUUCACAUAUUUUGUGAUGCCUCAGAGAAGGCGUAUGGAUCUUUGGCAUACUUAAGAACAGAGAACCCUCAAGGUGAAGUGGAGGUGGCCUUUGUAACAGCUAGGUCUUGUGUUGCUCCCAAGAAACAGCAGAGCAUCCCUCGUCUUGAGCUGUGUGCAGCACUCACAGGUGCACAGCUUGCUAAAGUCCUGAAGGCAGAGCUAACGUUACCACUCAGUAGUGUCACACUGUGGUCUGAUUCCACCACAGUGCUAAUUUGGCUUUUGUCAGAUUCCUAUCGCUUUAAGGUGUUUGUGGGGACCAGAGUGGCAGAAGUACAGGACUUGACUGAAUCUGACACCUGGCGUUACGUACAGUCAUCCGACAACCCAGCAGAUGCAAUUACAAGAGGAAAGUCUCCCUCUGAUCUCAACAAAGACAGCAGAUGGAACCAAGGCCCAGCAUUCCUCAGACAAAGACCAGACAGCUGGCCAGAAAUGCCACCACUAGCUCACAUAAGUGAAGACGGUGAGCUGAAAAGGUCAACUUUCUGUGGACUGUUAACCUCUGAUCUGUCACUGCCAGAUCCUCAUAAAUUUUGCACAUUCACAGACUACUUAAAAGCUCUUAUACAGCCAUCAUCAGAAAGCUCUCCCUUCAUUGCAACUGCAGAAAACUACAUAGAAGCUGAGCUCACAGCCCUCCGACAGAUCCAGGCAGAAUCAUUCCCAGAUGAGAUAUUGCACUUGAAAUCUGGUAAACCUCUACCAAGCAAUAGUCGACUGCUUUGCCUAGCCCCAGAACUAGAUAUCAGAACCAAUCUCAUUCGUGUUGGCGGUCGCCUACGACAAAUCAGUCAACUAGACGAGGAUACCAUUCACCCCAUUGUCCUUGAUCCACAUCACCCACUCACCAAACUAAUUAUCAAAGACUAUGAUGACUGUUUGCAUCACCCUGGACCAGAGAGGGUGUUUGCGGAGCUUAGGAGAAAAUACUGGGUGUUAAGAGGACGAGCAGCAGUUAAACACCACCAACGCCAAUGCGCUGAAUGCCAAAAAUGGCCGGCUAAACCGCAUCCCCCCAGGAUGGCAGAUCUCCCACCUGCCAGGUUAAGAAUUCACCAGCCAGUUUUCUAUUCAACAGGUAUAGAUUGCUUUGGUCCCUAUCUCAUAAAGUUUGGACGCCGAAAUGAGAAGCGUUGGGGGAUCAUCUUCAAGUGUAUGACCACCCUAGCAGUGCAUAUUGAUCUCCUCACAAGUAUGGACAGUGACUCAUUCCUGAUGGCCCUUCGUCGCUUCAUUGCUCGACGAGGGAAACCCUUCGAAAUCCUGUCAGAUCAGGGAACGAAUUUCAAAGGUGGUGAAAGGGAACUUCGGGAUGCCUACACUGCUCUUCAACCUGAGCUCCAAGCUCAACUGGCAAGCCAGCAAAUUAGGUUUACAUUCAAUCCACCUAAUGCCCCACAUUUUGGUGGAUGCUGGGAGUGA